GAGGGUUGGCAGAUGUGAGGAGGAGUAUCUCGUGACUUCAGAAGCUUACUGGCGUCAGGGACGGUCGCUGCAGCAGGAAAAAUGUCUCAAAAUUCCACCGGAAAGAUGUCUCACAACACAGUGGCGAUGUCAACACUUCCUGAGGACAUAGAUAGAGGUGUGGCUGGAGCAACAAGUGUUUUGGUGCAGCGAGCAAAUGAGAUCCGCUUGCAGAAGGUCAACUGGCCCUCCUACCUUCAGUCGCAGAUGAUCACCCAGGAGGACUACGAAGUCAUCAUGGCAGUUGAAGUGCCCGGUCAGAACCGACAAAUUCUUCUCAACUCUCGUCGUCUUCAGGUGGCUCGAACCUUCAUGAACCUCUUGGGUCAUAUUAGCAAGGACCAGACCAUUCAGUACAUCCUCAUUCUGGUUGAUGACAUACUCUCUGAAGAAAAAUCCCGUGUAGAAAUUUUUAAAGAGUGUGCACGAAAAAACCGUGAAAGCAUGUGGAGCCCUUUCCUCAAUUUGCUGACCCGACCGGAUACGUUCAUUAUCAAUAUGACUGCUCGCAUCAUUGCCAAGUUGGCCUGUUGGUCCCGUGAGCCAAUGGAUGGUUCAGACCUCACUUUCUACCUGACCUGGUUAAAGGAUCAGCUUCGCACACCUAAUAAUGAGUACAUGCAGUCAGUGGGGCGGUGUCUGCAGAUGAUGCUGAGAGUGGAGGAGUAUCGCACCAUUUUCUACCAGCUAGAUGGUGUGGUUACUAUCGUACAGGUGCUGAGCACGGGCAAACUCAACUUCCAGAUUCAGUAUCAGCUGACUUUCUGCCUUUGGGUUUUGACAUUCAACAAUGCCAUUGCUGAGAAAAUGAAUAAGUACAGUGUAAUCCCCACACUAGCAGACAUCUUAAGUGAGAGCAUUAAAGAGAAAGUUACUCGCAUUGUAUUAGCAGUCUUCAGGAACCUCAUUGAGAAGCCUGAGGACCCUUCUAUUGCUCGAGAGAAUUGCAUUCAGAUGGUUCAGUGUAAGGUUCUGAAACAGCUGGAGAUUUUAGCCCAAAGAAAAUUUGAAGAUGAGGACAUAACUGCUGAUAUAGAAUUUCUAAAUGAAAAACUGCAGAAUUCUAUUCAGGAUCUCAGGUAAUAUGAUCAGUUCUUAGCUCUAUAG